AUGCGGGAUCCGCAGACCGUAUUCUGGGAGACAUACCUCAAUGCCACACGCGAUGAAGAUAUCACCCGCCCGAUCGAUUGGGAAGGAAAGACGGGAAGCGUAUUGGCAUUCACUGGUCUCUUUGCCGCCACCGUGGCGGCGUUCGUUAUCGAAAGCUAUCAAUCCCUCUCACCUGACCCAGGAGACCAGACUGUUGACAUUCUCAAAGAGAUUCUUGCUGAACUUCGCAAUCAUACCGACGAUACAAUCAAGUCUCCGAUUCCGCGCUCAGCUGACGACCCUUUCCGACCGCAAGGGGUCGUCGUGACUGUGAACGCGCUGUGGUUCUGCAGCCUUGCACUCUCCCUCGUCAGUGCCCUCCUGGCUACUUUGAUACAACAAUGGGCUAGAGAUUACAGGCGAGAUACCUCAGAGCGUGAUACUCUCAAUGAGAAUGCUUGUAGUCGUGCAUUCAAACACAUCUUCAUACGGGUCAGCGUUGACUCUUGGGGCAUGGACCAUGUCCUGUACUGGCUCGUCGCUCUGGUCCAUCUGUCCGUCGCCCUCUUCUCUAUUGGUCUAGUUCUGUUCCUUUUCCCCAUCAACUCUAUUGUGGCUUGGUGCACCCUUGCCCCUUUGGGGAUGUUUGGAAUGCUCUAUCUCGUCGCGAGUGUGUUAUCUAUAUGGGGUAGAGGUUGUCCUUAUCAGACGCCACUGACUAUUUUACUUGCCAUUCCUUAUCCGCUCUCGUUGUACGUUAGGAGCAGUCUAGGAGCGUUAUUUGGGUUUAUCCGCUUGAAAGAUCGGAACUGGUAUAGGCCAUAUGCAAUGCUCCAAAGAGAAAAGGCUCAGACCGGAGAAAUCUUCGGAGAGGCGCGGCAAUCUCUUUCCCGCUCCUGCAACGACGCGCUUGCACCAUUAUCUGCCACGUCGUCUCCCUCGGCAAGCACGUCCGCCGGAAUAGGUCCACGAUCAUUGCCGAACCUCCGUCCAUACUUGCCCUCGAUAUUUAGCAAGACCAGUAGUGGGCCAAGCAGUAACAUUGAGCUGGAGAACGUUAUCACGCACGUCUCGGAAGAUAGCCCCGGAGGUAACUCCGCCGUGAUGGUCACUGGCGACACUACCAUCGAUGCGCAAACGCCAGUCGAGCGUGUUGCAGGUGACGGUCGAGACCUACAACAGACUGGCGAGAACGUCAGCGGCUCUGGAGAAAUGGUGGGGCGCUUGAUGAUGAUUGGAGAUUCCUCCUUAACUCAACGGAGCAUGGUCACCCCUUCGCCCGAUGAGGAGCAUGAGGCAGCGAGGAACGUGACUGGCAGUGCUCAAGACGGUCCUAGCAGCGCUAUCAGCGUCCAUGAGAGCCCGCUUGCGCCAUCCUCCACUCCAGUCGUGCCCGGUCCACGCGUAGAAUCACUUGACUUCAUGCUUGAAUAUGGGGAACUGGACGAUAACGACGAUGUAGAACCCGGACACGACGGAAGCGGGUUCACGCCGGGCGACAACCCAAGCACGAGAGGGCGACCAUGUCGUGAAGAUAUGAAUGGAAUAAAUCGAAAAGUGGGGAAUAAGGAGACGCAACACAGGUAA